ACCGGACGUUUCUGGUUGCUUAGAAACCAGGUUGCAAACAUCCCGAGGUUAGCUAGGGUAGCUCAGAAGCUACAACAACAACAAAACUCUGGAUAUAUUAUGUGUUUUGUUUGGCGAGCAUCGAGCUGUCAUUAAAGAUGUCAAGCCGGGAUCCUUUUCCUUCUCCUAAGUUUGAAAACGGCUUCACUCUCAGCGGCUUCAGACCGCAGCAGAGAAAAACCUAUAAUAAACCAACACACAUUGCCCAAACAGAGGAACCCUGGAGUCGCCUCCAUGAUAAAGCCACUUUUGCCAGCACCCAGCGGAGUGUUACACCUUAUGAGGUCCAGGCUCCAAACGACAGCCUCGACUUCCAGCUGAGGUCGGUCUACGAUCACAACAAGGACUUCUUCUGGAGUAAGAACCAGAUGUUAUACCAAAGGAAGACCUUAUCUGAGAACCUCAGGAAAGAGGAAAACGCAAACCAGGAAAAGCUGGAAAAGGAACGAGAGGAAGACAUCAGAGUGUGGGUCGACCCACAGAGACGCUCCAUCUACAGCAUCAAGUGAAGUACAGACCGGUGCAACCAACUCUGACCUAAACCCACUGAGUCUGGAGAGAAUCUGGCUUUGUCUGGAGCAAAAUGUGUCCAAAAUACCAAUACAAUGUCCUAUUAAUCCUCCGCAAGCAAUUUCAAACAAGGGCUUCGCCAUGGCAGCUUCCAGCACCACUGUCUCUAUCUGCUACCAACAUCCACAAAUAAAGGAGUUCUUUCAGUGGAAUUUUGUCCUGCUCGUGUUUUUCCAUA